CAACUAGCAAGCAAGCAAGAAAGCAAGAAAUAAUCAAGAAAAUACAUAACAAAAUUUAUUUUUCGCCGUCGCCGUCGCCGUUGCCGCCGUGGUUGUCGUCGUUGUUCUUCUUCAUUUUUUUUGUCUGUUGGAAGAGUGCAAAAGUGAAGCAAAAGCGAUAACGAUAUUGAUAUCGAUAUCAAUGCCGAUAGCGAUAAUACGCACGCUAACGCAAUCCGAAUAACCGUAAUCAAUUUAAAACAAUUGAUAAUUUGUAAUUCCAAUAGACGCCAAACAGUCGGCAGCAGCAACAGCAAUCAGCAUCAAUCGCCAUCAAUCAGGCAGGCCAAGCAGUCGCUCAAUCAGUCAGUUAACAGUAAUCGGUUUUCACCUAAUUCGGCCAAUCACACAGUUUCUUUUCUUGAUUUCGGACGACAACAAAAAGUUUUUCUUCAAAAUUCACUUUUAAAAAAGACAUCAAAACCGAAAUAAAAUAAAGAACAAUACAAAUAUAUCAAAUCAAGCGCGGGAAUAAUAAAACCAAGCAAUGCAACAGCAACAAUAAUAAUUAUCAAAUUAAAACAACUGUUAAAAAAGAAUUAGAAAAGUCCAACAAAAUUUCUGUUAGGUUUCGAAACCAGAAGCGAAAAAAACCUUUAAGCGACGAAACAAAAGAGAACAGAAACCGACACAAGGACAUGAGUCAAUGCAAAACCUAAGCGCCAAAAUUCAAAUAGCGAAACGUCCUUUUGAAGCAUUCCACGACCUAAAUUCGAGCUGCGAAAACUUUAAACGGAACUCAAAACUCUCUAGAUCAAAUACAAAUUAUACUAAAUCCAAAAUUCCUCAGUGUUUUUCGAAAGGCGAAACGUGACUUGUUUUUCGCCAAAGAGUUGUCAGAUCAACGAAAAAAAAAAAAAAUAAUAAUAAUAACAACCAAACGAACACAAUUGCCAUUAUCUAUCCUAUAUUGAUAUAUAUAUAUUCAUAUAUAUAUAUAAAAACGUGCUCUCAAGAAUUAUCCUGCGCAAAGUAGCCCCGAUCCAGAUCCCAUCAAAGCAAGCUACAAGGAAAAACUAAACACAACAACAAGAAGAACAAGCGCAGCAGCAAACGCGACUCAAAUUCAAGCAGCAGAAGCAGUAGGUACAGUUGUUUUUUUAAAGAUGGCUUCCGAACUGGAUCAAUUCGCCGAUUUGGAAUUAUCAAAAGAGGAUCGCGAGCAAAUCUUCGAUCCGCCAUUGGAUCGGCAGCAAUUGGAAGGUGCUGGCACCUCAAGUGUUACGACAUCAAAAAUCUUAAUAAGCGGCAUACCGCUGCAAACACGUUUCGAAGACAUCGAACCGCUACUGAAGCCCUAUGGCAUCGUCAAACAGUGUGAGGCUAUUUCUAGUAAGGAUCAAAAUACUCAAACAGUACAUAUAACAUUCGAAAAUCCUGAGCAGGCGCAAAGAGCUGCUGGUGGCCUGAACGGCGUCGAAUUCGAGGGCAGUAAACUGCACGCCGAGCAAUUGGACAAAAAUCAACGCCGAAGCAUACGCAAUCAGCGCAAUCCGUAUCCGGGAAUGCCGGGACCCGGCCGCCAGGCGGACUUCCCGCUACGCAUUCUGGUGCAGAGCGAGAUGGUGGGCGCCAUCAUUGGCAGACAGGGCACAACCAUACGCACCAUCACACAACAGAGUCGGGCCCGUGUCGAUGUGCAUCGCAAGGAGAAUGUUGGCUCCCUCGAAAAGUCCAUUACGAUUUAUGGCAAUCCGGAGAACUGUACCAAUGCGUGCAAGCGCAUACUGGAAGUUAUGCAACAAGAGGCACUGUCCACGAAUAAGGGUGAGAUCUGCUUGAAGAUACUAGCCCAUAAUAAUUUAAUUGGUCGCAUCAUUGGAAAGAGCGGCAACACGAUUAAACGCAUUAUGCAGGAUACGGAUACGAAGAUAACCGUUAGUUCCAUCAACGACAUCAACAGCUUCAAUCUGGAGCGUAUCAUCACGGUGAAGGGCCUCAUCGAGAACAUGUCCCGUGCAGAAAACCAAAUCAGCACCAAACUGCGCCAAAGCUAUGAGAACGAUUUGCAGGCAAUGGCGCCUCAGAGCCUCAUGUUCCCCGGUCUCCAUCCCAUGGCAAUGAUGUCGACACCGGGCAACGGCAUGGUCUUCAACACAAGCAUGCCGUUCCCCUCGUGUCAAAGCUUUGCCAUGUCCAAGACACCGGCCAGCGUGGUGCCACCGGCCUUCCCCAACGAUAUGCAGGAGACCACGUUUCUCUAUAUACCAAACAAUGCAGUUGGGGCCAUCAUCGGCACCAAGGGCUCGCACAUACGCAGCAUAAUGCGCUUCUCGAGCGCAUCCCUCAAAAUUGCGCCCCUCGACGCCGACAAGCCGCUGGACCAACAAACGGAGCGCAAGGUCACGAUUGUUGGCACACCGGAGGGUCAGUGGAAGGCGCAGUAUAUGAUAUUUGAGAAGAUGCGCGAGGAGGGUUUCAUGUGCGGCACGGACGAUGUGCGCCUAACCGUUGAGCUGCUUGUCGCCAGCUCCCAGGUCGGACGCAUCAUUGGCAAGGGCGGACAGAACGUGCGUGAGUUGCAACGUGUGACGGGUAGCGUCAUUAAGCUGCCAGAGCAUGCGCUGGCGCCACCCUCAGGCGGCGAUGAAGAGACACCUGUGCACAUCAUUGGGCCAUUCUACAGCGUUCAGUCUGCACAGCGACGAAUUCGUGCCAUGAUGCUAUCGACAAAUCCGCCACCAGUGACCAAAAAACAGAAGGCUGCCAAAGAACAACAAUUGCAACAACAACAACAACAGCAACAGCAACAACAACAGACAUUAGCCGGCGCUGCGCCAAGUGGGACUCAACAGCAGCAGCCGCAGCAGCCGCAGCAACAACAACAACAGCAGCAGCAACAGCAGCAGCAGCAACAGUCGCCGUCGCAGCAGCAGCAGCCGCUGCCGCCGCAAUCACAUCAUCAAUCGUCGUCGGCGUCGUCGGCGCCACCUGCGCAUCAUCAGCAGCAGCAGGCGUCGUCGACAGCGUCCUCACAUCAAUUGCAGCAGCAGCAGCCGUCGCCGCCGCCCGGCAACAAUGCAUCGGCUGCCACCCAACAACAACAACAGCAGCAGCAGCAACAACAGCAGCAGCAGCUGGCGAGUUCACAGCAGUAAGAAGCUGCAGCAGCCGUGUGUGGGACUGGGGCAGGGGCAAGGGCAGUGCAGAAGAGUCGGGCAAAACUCAACUUGAACAACAACGUCAAGAAUUUACCAUAAUGG